AUGGACUUGAUUCCAACGUCGGAUAUGGAUAUGCAGAUUAUACUGGAUAGGGUGCCCGAUUGUGCCUUCUGGACCCUGAUGGACCAAAAUGAAAGAGUCAGAACUCACAUAGAGGAACAGGCCAACAGAGUGGUGGAGAUGCUAACUGGAAAGCCAAAGCUGUUACCAUGCAAGGCCAAAGACGCUGAGAAUAUUUCUACAGAGGUCGUCCUGACGUCUGCUCUAGAGGUCACACUACAUUCUCCAGAACAAACAGAAGAAGAAAAAGAUGUGCCCAGCUAUUAUGGAGAGGUGAAAAUGUCUAUUCAAGUCUUGUGUGGGCCUCCCGAAAAAUCUCUUAGGCAAAUUCUACAAUUGCUCGAUUCUGAGAACUGGGAGAACAAGCUAAGGGCUCUGUUUGCUGUCCAAGACUUGACAAGGCGCCGGCCUGAAUCUCUUAGAGGACUCCUCUGCAGCCUGUCUUUCGCCGUGAGCGCGGAAGUGAAAAACCUGCGCUCAGCAGUGUCUAAAACCGCCAUGGCCACGCUUUGUGUCAUGUUCCGCAUCUUCAAAAAGUCCAUGAACAACGUCAUCGCUGAAACUGGAGCCUUCUUGCUUUGCAAAGUUUUAGAUUUGAAUAUGUUCAUCCAGCAGCAAGCCAGCGAAGCUCUCACAUCCAUGGUGGAGAACUGUUGCUCCCUCCAGGUUCUGAAAACCCUGGUUUAUUCGGGGCUCGUCCAUCGGGCUGUUGCCGUGAGAGCAUGUGCCGCGCAGAACAUCGGAAACUUGAUGAAAGUUGUGGGAUCAAAAAAGCUGAUUCAGUGGGAAGCAUUGGCAAAAGUCUUUGUCCUUGCUGUGAGGAGCUGGCUUGCCCUCGCACCCCACUUGAGUCCCUCCUCGCUGGGCUUGGUGUGGUCUUGGAAGCCCCUGGAGCAUGGGACUGGUGCCAAACUCACCACAGAAACCAAACCAGACCUGAAAAUACAGCCGAACAUUCUGUGCUUCUGA